AUGGCCAUACCAUCAAGAGUCCCCUGGACAAGGCUUAUACGCUUCAUCAGCGCAGAGGACGGCCAAGUCUACUUCGGAGAUGCAAUCGUGCCAGAUGCCAACUUCGACAUGGGCGACCCAGCGAACCACGAGUCAUUGACGGCAAAGGUCGUCACGGGCGACCCAUUGCUGCCGACCUGCCAGGUCACCGAUCGGGUGCUCCACGUUAAGAAACUGUUGGGCCCUUUGACGUACAAAAUGGUUCCGAGCAUCCGAUGUAUCGGUGGGAACUACGUCAGCCACCUUCAAGAAUUGGGCAUUGCGCCGCCAAACUAUCCCGCCAUGUUCUCAAAGACAUCAAACGCCCUCGCAGGCUACGGGGACGACGUGGAACUCGCCACGAUCAUCCAAGACGAGCAGGCCGACUAUGAAGGCGAGCUGGCCUUUGUCAUUGCCAAAGACGGCAAGAACAUCUCCCAGGAAGACGCCAUGGACUAUGUCCUUGGUUACACGAGUGCAAACGACGUUUCCGCAAGGAAAUGGCAAAUGGAUCCCACCCUCGCGGGCACCUUUCCUCCGCCCCAGAUGACCUACGGCAAGAGCUUUGACGGUUUCUGCCCUGUCGGGCCCUGCAUUGUGUCUGCAGAUGUCCUCAAAGACCCACACACCCUGGCCCUCCGAACAAAGGUCAACGGCGAGCUUCGCCAACAAAGCAACACUUCCGAGUUACACUUCAAAAUCCCCGCCUUGAUCGAGUUUCUAAGUCGAGGCAGCACGUUGCACGCCGGCGACAUCGUCCUCACGGGAACACCCGGCGGCGUGGGCUUUACCAUGAAACCGCCACGGUAUUUGAAGGACGGGGACACGGUGGAGGUUUACUUUGAGAAAAUCGGGACGCUGAGGCAUGGGAUUACGCAUGCAAAGUAG